AAAGAAGAAGAAUGUGCCAGUGAUAUCUACAAACAAAUUUGUUUACUUUAAUUUUUUUUUACAAAUUUUCACAUAACAUCCACGACAAGUUCUAGGCAAACUAAAACCGGCCUUUGAAUAAAAACAAAAGAAACAAGAACUUUAGCAAGAAAAAGUUGACUUUCAGCGCAUUGAAAUCGAUACCGAUAUCGAUAUCAAUACGGGACUCUACACGCUCCCCGCCAACGUCCGUGAGUCAUUCAAAACCGCAGCAAGAAGAACAAUAARCACAACAAAAUACACAAACAGACAGACAGCAAUAGCACUUGCAGGGUAUCGAGCGGAGCCGUUGGACUUACACAUCCAGCGCCUUAAAACGAGUUAACGCGUGCAAUCCAACUACACCAACAACUCCAACAGCAAUAGCAACCUGUUGACCAACAUUGGCACAAAGUUCAUGAAGUCUGAAAAAGGUCUUGACUGAAAUUUCAUAAUCAAACUCUGCUGCCAACAAUAUUUGUAGGCACUUUCAACGUGCUUCGACUGCCGGUUUCACAUUUCAGCUAAAACAAAAGCACAUUUACACAGGCACAUACAUACAUACACACAGAUACAACGCGUCUAGAAUUUCUUGGAUACACUUUAUUUACCUGGCGGGCGCAUUUUUGCGCUCUCAACGCUGACGCUGUAAAAUUUUUGGAUUUUUUGCACUUUUGGUUAAAUAUUUUUCUGCCAGUUUGCAUAAAUACCCAGCAGGCAAACGAAACGAUCAACCUAGACGAGCUGCAAACGUGCCAGGAACACAAGCCAAGCAGAAUAUGGUGGAAUAAGUUGGACAGCAGCAACGGCAACGGCAAAUCAGCAACAGCAACAAUCACAACAGCAACAGGCAGCAACAACACACAAAAUGUCCUCCUCGAUUUGCUCGCACUUCACGCAAAAUGCGUGGAAAAAGGAUUUGUGCUCGAACUGCUUCAAGUCCAAGGAUGAACACAAAGCAGCUGCUGCAGCCGCAGCUGCCGCACAGCAGGGCACUAAGCUGAGCGCUCUCAAGUCAGAUAGCCACACAAAGACUGAUUACCCGAACAAGCACAAAACGCCAGCCAAGAGCAUCAUCAAGAAGGCGUUUGGCGUGCGCCUCACCACAACUAGCAGCAGCAGCAGCAGCAGCAGCAGCAACAGCAACAGCGGCAGCAGCUUCAGCAAGUCGAGCAGCAGCUCCAAGUCAAGCAAGGUUUGCUUUCCCAAGCAGCUGCACGAGAUCAUCGGCUAUGGCGGCGAGUGGUCGGAGGACGAUGACGACGAUGAUGAUCAUGACUUUAUGAAUCUGGGCAACGAGCACGAUGACAUGGCCAUCACGGAGACUGACGACGAGGAAGCCAUCGAACUGAAGCGCAUUACACGCGCCAACACAGACUUCAAUAUGAACAAUGGCAAUCUGCUGGGCGAUGCGCAGGACAACAUCAAGAAGUCAUUCGCUGCCCUCAAGCUGGGCGCGCCCCAGGUGGACAAGGAGGGCAAGAAGCAAACGCUGACGAUCAAUGUGAUGCCCUUUGGGCAGCCGCUAAAGUCAGCUGGCGCCAAGGCAGCGCCGUCCAAGUCAACGGAAACGUCCAAGGCAACAACAACAACAACAGCAUCAACUGCAGCCACAUGCAGCAGCACAGUGACAGCCAAGCCUGUGGCAGCAGCAACGAGCACAACAGUCAAGAGCACCAUUACCAGCACGGCCAACAAGAAGGUGACCACAACACUGACUCCCACGCUUGUGAAGCCAACGGCAGGGGCAGGGGCAGGGGCAGGUGCAUCGGCGCGCGAUGGCAAGGACAGUCCGCCCAUUGAGCGAGCGAUGGAGAAGUCUCUGCUGGACGAAAUCUCCGAGACGCUGCAGCAGAAGCAAAAGCAAAAACAAAACGAAAUCAACUCGGCGGCAGCAGCCACAGUCACAACAACAACAACAACAGUUGCAAGCAGCAGCAGCAGCAGCAGCAAUAGCAGCAGCAAUAGCAGCAGCAAAAUCAAAUUCGAGCUGAGCUCACUCACCGACUCGCCAAAGCCAUUUCUCGACCUUAAAAAAUCCAUUGCGCGUAAUGCGCCCAUAACCAAGGAUCACACCAAGCCAAAGGUGAAUGUGUGCCACAAAUACUCCGACACGGACAGCAACUGCUCGGACUCGGAGAACGGUGUGUCCGCUUAUUACGAUGUGGUCGAGACGCAGCUGAGCUACGAGAACUUGCCCGAUGGCAAGUACAGUGAACAGGUGGGCGUGGCCAGCGCCCAGGCGGAGUCGAAGAGCACGCACUACUCGAGCUCCCAGUACAUAACGGACAUGCUGCUCAGCUCGAAGACACGUGCCGCCAGCUACAAUCUGCACGAGGGCAACUUCAUGACCAGCAAAAUAACCUCAGACGGACUGAUUGUCACCAAAUGCAGCUCGGACGACGCACUGGACUCCACGGGCAGCAGCUUUGACGGCAGCUCCGAUGAGGAGAAUACCUACAACAUGAUACGCAGCGAGUCCGACUCGGGCAUUGGCAUUAGCAUUGGCAGCGACUACAAGAAUCUGCCCAGCGGCGCAGUCAAGGGCAGCAUCGAGCAACGCUCGCUGGUGGAGAAGAAGCUCAGCGCCAGCACCAACAACUCGGACUACGAGGACAUACAGAUUGGCGAUCAGUCUGGCAACCAGGCGGCAGUCAAGAGCCGCGAGCUGCAUGGCGAGCCCGAUGGCAGCGCCGAUCCGGACAACAAGCUGGAGCAGAAUCAGCAAGAGAAGAAGCAGGAGUCAGCGCCAGAGGCGAUGCCACAACAGCUGCCAGCGCUGCCCAAGUCGCCGCCGCCGCCAAUGAAAAUCGACGCGCGYCCCUCAUUCUUGCACGGCCUCAAGAAGCCCGAGCUGCCCGCUAAGCCGCUCGUCAACGUCGGCAACAACAACAGCAACAGCUGCAUUAGCAGCAGCAGCAGCAGCAGCAACAACAACAGCAAUGGCAAUGUUAACAACAACAACUCGCUGUUGAAAACCUUUAUGAUCAAGCGACAGCCCGGCAACGCCGAGCAGCAAUUCAUCAGCCAGCUCCAAACGGCAAUUUCCAAAUCAAGCGAAAAUUUGCUAUUAGCUGCUUCAGCCUCAGCAGCUGCGGCUGAGUCAGCCAAAGAUGAUGCCAAACUUAAAAAAGGCAAAGCUCCCAAUCCGCCACCAGAGCCCAAAACGAGUGCACCGACUACGCCGGAGCGCGAUUACAGUUUGGUAGUUGAAUUCGAGCAGGCAAUAACUGCGGAGUCUGCUGCUGCCAAACCAGCGGAUACUCCAACUAGCACGGAGAAAUCGCCAACAGCAACAGCAGCAGCAACUGAAAGUGUUGCCGGAACACCCACAGCAACUAGAACAACAACUGCAACAGCAGCAGCAACGGCAGCAGCAACAGCAGCAGCAACCGCCACAAUAGCAUCUGGCAGCAGCAGUAAUAUGUAUACCAGAAAGCCGCCUGUGGCAGCCGCUACACCGGUCAUACGUGAAAAGGACAAGCGGGAGCGAGCAGUCAUUAAUCCCAAGUUCCGCAGUCUCAACAAUUUCGUGAUGCAACGUGCCAAUGCAACAAAGCAGCUACAGUUGCAAUCGUCCACCUCUGUGCUGAACCUGAAGCAGCCGUUGACGCCGGAGCCAACGCCGCGCAAUCAGCGGCAUCUGUCCAUGUCCGAGGAGUGCCUGGCGGCGGCUGGCCUAACAGAUGCGAGCAGCAAAUCUUCGAAGUCGCCGAACGCAUCGCCGCCACAGAAACAGAAAUCCAAGUUCUCGAUCAAGAAGUUCCUGCGCAUGGGCAGCAACGGGGGCAAGUCCAGUGAGCCGCUGACCAAGAAGGAGGGCAGCGUCUACACCGAGAUCUGCACGGGCGACGAUGGCAGUGUUGUGGGCAAGCCGCGUCUGGUCAUCAUACAUCCCAUUGACAUCAAUCCCACGGCCGUUGAGGUUGUCAAGGACAUCACGAAGACCAACGAUGCUGUCUCCGCGCAGACGGUAGCCGUAGUCACCGCCAAGCCGCCAGCACCGCCGCUGCGCGCCAGCGAGGGGCAGCGCAGUCAUGAGGCCAAUAAGCCGGCACGCCCACCGCCGCCCAAAAGCGCUGAGCUGCGUCGCAAGCAGAAGACGGAGCUAACUGCCACGCUCAGCUCGAGCAGCGUGGAUUCGGCAAAAAUCAGCGGCAAUCCCAAUGCCGGCGGCUCCAUCAAAUCUAAAGCGGACAAUGUCUAUGCCAAUUUGGGCGAGAUCCGCUCCUCGAUAGCGCCACGCAAGCCGGAGCGCACGGCGAGCAUGCGGGAGCGUGAGGCACAGCUAGAGCUGGUCCGUAAGCGGGGCGUACUUACCGAUACUAUCUCCAUUUGCUCGUCAAACGGUGAGAAUGUAACGGCCGAACAGUCCAAGGUGUGCAACACGAAUCCUUUCGAGGUUGGCAAGCCGCCGGCCAGCUCAGCCACAGCCGGAACACCACCCACUGUCAACAGCCGCACGAGCACAUUCGAGCGACAGCCGAAGAAGGCCGAGACCAAAAUGUCCAUAUCCAGCAAGCUUGAGAUCUUUGAGCAGCGCGCCCAAGGCACAGCCGAUGCCACGGACAGUGCCCAGCGCAGCAGCCUGAAGGAUUCGGUACGCAAGAUCAACAGCACCAUCGAUAGCUACCUGAAGGACAAACGCGACUAUGAGAACAUGUACGAAUUUGUCAAAAUGGGCAAUGGCAACAGCAGCUCGACAACGGCAGCUCCGGCUACGACAGCGGCGCCCACGCCUCCACUGCCGCCCAUUCGCAGCAGUAACCUAGAUCUAUCCGCUAUUGCCGGGCAGCGACUCAAUGGCCGAUCUGCCGGACGCAACAAUAUCUACUCGGAUACGGCUUCCAUAGCUAGCUACACGCGCAGCGAGUACGGUCCCGUACGCAACUACGGCCUGAACAGCAGCUUAGCCAACAUUCCACGCGUCAUCUCGGCUUCAUAUGCGGGCAGCGAAGUAGGUGACCUCGACAUCUACGCACCCUACAGCUACUACGGCAGCGAGGCUGGGGGAGAUGUGGCUGCGGACAUCAACGACAGCGUCUGGGGCAUGCCAACGGGCAACAAGAACCGCAGCAAGGCCACGAAUCGUUUGCGCAUGCGCAAGGGACGCAGUGUCGUGCACAAGAACAUCGAAGACAACUACACAGCGGUUGUAGUGGCCAAUCAUGAGGCACUUGCCCAGGUGCUCGAUCAGCUUCAACAAACGCCUGUUGUGCCAGCUUCACUGCGGCCGCUGGCCAAUGCCAUUAACUUGCGCUACGAGGACUUUACCAUUAUUGAGGGCGCUCAGGCAUUUGUCGUGGGCAAGAAAGCCUUCCAUGCGGCACUGUGGACCACAUCGCCCGUGACCUUGGCCCUGUCGGCUGACUGUAAUCAGCUGGGGGGCGUUGGGGGCGAGCUGAGCCAGCUGACGGGAGGCGUUUGCGAUGUGCUCAAUCCCAUAACGGAGUUCUGCGACCUGGUUCCCAGUUACCAGCUGCCACUGAUGCCCACAACGGAGGUGACACUGCUACAGGCCACAAUAUCGGUGCUGCCCAGGCUUCAGCUGGAGACGCUGCAAUCAAUCGGAUCCAUACUGAAGGGCAAGUCCCAAGUGCUGGACAAGAGCAACUUUAACUUCCGAGGCUCGAUACCAAAUCUGAAUAGCCUGAAGGAUGCAGCUGGUGGCAAUGCGCUACGAAAUGUGGUAUCCGUGCAGAACCUGAGCACAUUGAAUGAGGAGUCGACGUCGCCUGGCAACACGGAGGCCAACGAUGGUGAGGAGAUCACAGCCACGCCCCAUGCAAUGCCCGCCUUCGAUGAUGUCAUGACGCGUGAGGUGGCAUUCAUAAUGCUGCAGCUGGUCAACGGCAUGAAGAAUCUGCAGGCGAAGGCCAUUGAGGAGACCCCGUUGAGCCUGUCGAAUGUGGUACUCUCCAAGGAUAUGGAUAACAAGGAUGCGCAGGCGCGCCUCUGUGUCUUACAAGGCAAUAACAACGACGACGACGAGCCGAUGGGUACGCUAUGCAAGUGCGCUCACAGCGCGUUGACCGAGAUGCUGCCCACCACAAAGAUUACGCCCAUUCUGGCCGAUAUUUUGCAACAAGAGCGCGCCGAAUCUCUGUCCAAGGCCAAAGCAGUGCUUGAGUUUGUGCUCUGGGGACCGUCGGAUGUGGCGCUCUCCGGCACUACAAAGGAACGUGAACUCGCGCUGCAGCGCUGGCUGGACCUGGAGCGGGCUACAGUGCUGCACGGCCUAGUGCGCACGCGCGUCGAGCUGACCGUCUACGAUGAGUGUCAUCUGAUGUUCCUUGUGCGCUCAACGGCCAAAAUGAUGAACGACGCAGCCAAAAUUGUAUGCAGCUAUCAGCAACAGGCGUCCCAAUGAACAACGAACAACGCCGACUUAUCAUAGCCUUAUAUUUAUUAUCCCAGAUUGUCAUAGGCUCGUAGUCCUCUGAGUUGUAGUUUAGGUAUACUUUGAAAUGUUGGACUUUAAUGUCCCAAAGAGACAUAUUCGAUACGUGAAACUUCAUACAUAUGAUCGAUUUGGUAUUUAUCGAAUACUUAGUAUGAACUAUCCUUAAAACGAUUUAAACGAUACGACAUUAACCAUAUACAUACAUAUGUAAACCCCAUUUUGCCAAGCGUGCCAAAUCGAACAACGCAUGGAAAUUAACUUGUAAAAACGUUGUCUACAGUGAAACUUGAAUUAAUUGUAGUAUACUUGUACUUCUAAGUUAUUCUAUGCGACUAUUUAUAAAUGACAUAAAUUACAUACUUAUACGUAAUAACCGUUAAAAACUUUUGAAAGUCUAAUAUCGGUUUGUAAAGGAAAACAUUGGUGUUUGUUUUAAAUAUACAUUCGAUACGAUAUUGUAUACCUAUCAAUAUUC